AUCGUUCGUUUCUCGAUCCCUACCUCUUCCUCUCCAUUUCUUCGAUCCUUUUCUGGCGAUUCUCCUGCGCGAUUCCGGUUCGUACAUGAAUAAAAUUCAGUGGAUUCUUCAGUUUUCAAUUGUAGGAAGAUCUUUGUCUUUAGUCUCAUAAUUGCAGGCAAAAAAAUUCAGGAAAUGCAUUUUAAGAUCCGUUCUGUAUAUUUCAUUGUGAUUGAUCGAAAAUGAUGUGAUGGUGAAAUCUUCGGCACAGAUUAUAGCGCGAUGAGUCAGGUGUUCGAGGGAUAUGAGCGCCAGUACUGCGAGCUCUCCGUGAAUUUGUCGCGGAAGUGCACCUCUGCCGGUUCUGUUGAUGGAGAGCAGAAGAAGCAGAAAAUAUCUGAAAUAAAAGCAGGACUCGAUGAUGCUGAUGCCUUGAUUCGGAAAAUGGACCUUGAAGCAAGGAGUUUGCAGCCAAGCAUGAAGGCAACACUUCUUGCCAAACUAAGAGAAUAUAAAACUGAUCUGAACAAUUUGAAGAGUGAAUUCAAAAGAGUUUCUUCAGCUAAUGUGAAUCUUGCCGCAAGAGAUGAGUUGUUGGAGUUAGGAAUGGCAGAUGCAAUGAUGGUAAUUGAGUGAUUGACGCAACUCUCUCUUCCUGUUUUUUGGCCAGCCAACUCUCUCUUCUUAAGUGGCAUGAAUUUGCGCUUGAUGUUGGUGUGGUUAAGUAGUUAGUUACUAGAUCCUUACUUUUCCCCCUCAUUUUAUAAUAUCUUGAAGCAUUUCCUGUACCAAUCUCGUUAUUUCACAUGAUUAUUCCCCAUAAAUUCUUUCACCUUUUCACUGAAAACAUGCACAUAGUUGAAAUAUUUGUUUUCUUGUAUAUAUAAAGCAUACAUAGGUAUUUCUCCUCUCUAAGCUAUUAUGUCAAAAGCUUGUUAUUGGUUGAGGGGACAGGUUUCUUCUGAUCAAAGAGGACGCUUGUUGAUGUCGACAGAGAGAUUAAAUCAGUCAACUGACAGAAUUAAAGAAGGCAGAAAAGCAGCGCUGGAGACAGAAGAGUUGGGUGUCUCAAUCCUCCAGGACCUGCAUCAACAACGUCAAUCUCUACUUCACGCUCGUAACGCUAUCCAUGGGGUAGACGACAACAUUACCCAGAGCAAAAAAAUCCUAGCUAUUAUGUCCAGAAGGAUAAGCAGGAACAAAUGGAUAGUUGGCUCCAUAAUUGCAGCACUAGUUGUUGCAAUCAUAUUGAUCUUGUACUUUAAGCUGACUCAUUAGCUUGCCUGCUUGCGCUGCUCAAAAUCCCAAUCAUUUCCCUUGGUUUUAUGUGAUCGGGUUUUAUAUGCCAUUAUUCAUCAAGUGCUUGCAGGGUAGCCAUCUUAGUUUCUGUUACAUAACAAUAACGUUUCUUUUGUGUCCAAACUCAAUUUCAAAUAGACAUAAUCCCCACGC